CCUGGCUUGCCGGCAUAGUCUCCACACCCAUUGUACCCGUGUCGAAAAAUUUCCUUUGAAGGCUUGCUGGCAGAGGUCGCACUCGUACCCGUGUUGGAAUGCCCAAACCGUCAACAGUCAUCAGACAAACGGCCCGAAUCACCAUUAUGACCAUUGCCCAUUGCUUUAUUUAUAGCAGAUACCGGCAUGCCAUUCUCUACCAGCUCUCUGUCCACCUCUUUUUUGUAGGCCUGCCUGUCCUACAGAGCAAUAAAUUACCUUCUAAUAUUAAAUGCCCAUGGACAGCCGCUGUUGUGGGACAGAUUCCAGAAUUCCCGGGACACCGAGGACAGUCUACCUUUGUGCACGUGGUUGUGUGGCUGGGGUGCAUCGUGUCCUAAAAAGGCGUGAGGUCCGGCGACGGUGAGAUGGCUCGGCUGCAUGGUCGGGUUUAAAUAGGGAGGAGGCGAACAAAAGGCUCACUCUCUCUCUGAUUGAAAACUGUCUCUCAAGGGAGCCGGCGUUCCAGGUCUCUUUGUCUAGGUCUGCUAGUGUAAGUAAUUAUGUGUGACGAGGAAGAGACCACAGCUCUGGUGUGUGACAAUGGCUCAGGCCUGGUGAAGGCAGGGUUUGCCGGAGACGACGCUCCCCGAGCUGUGUUUCCCUCCAUCGUGGGUCGUCCACGCCACCAGGGUGUGAUGGUGGGUAUGGGUCAGAAAGACAGCUACGUAGGAGACGAGGCUCAGAGCAAGAGAGGCAUCCUUACCCUUAAAUACCCCAUUGAGCACGGCAUCAUCACCAACUGGGACGACAUGGAGAAGAUCUGGCAUCAUACCUUCUACAACGAGCUGCGUGUGGCUCCUGAGGAACACCCCGUCCUCCUGACUGAGGCUCCACUGAACCCCAAAGCCAACAGGGAGAAGAUGACUCAGAUCAUGUUUGAGACCUUCAACGUUCCGGCUAUGUACGUGGCCAUCCAGGCCGUGCUGUCCCUGUACGCCUCGGGCCGUACCACAGGCAUUGUUCUGGAUGCUGGUGAUGGUGUGACCCACAAUGUACCAGUGUAUGAGGGUUAUGCUCUUCCUCAUGCCAUCAUGAGGCUGGAUCUGGCUGGCAGAGACCUAACUGACUACCUCAUGAAGAUCCUCACUGAGAGAGGCUACUCAUUCGUCACUACAGCUGAGAGAGAGAUAGUGCGCGACAUUAAGGAGAAGCUGUGCUACGUGGCCUUGGACUUUGAGAACGAGAUGGCCACAGCCGCUUCCUCUUCCUCUCUGGAGAAGUCCUAUGAGCUGCCAGACGGUCAGGUCAUCACCAUCGGCAACGAGCGCUUUCGCUGCCCCGAGACGCUCUUCCAGCCUUCGUUCAUCGGCAUGGAGUCAGCCGGCAUCCAUGAAACCACCUACAACGGCAUCAUGAAGUGCGACAUCGACAUCCGUAAGGACCUGUACGCCAACAACGUGCUGUCCGGCGGCACCACCAUGUACCCAGGUAUCGGUGACAGGAUGCAGAAGGAGAUCACAGCACUCGCCCCCAGCACCAUGAAGAUCAAGAUGAUCGCCCCUCCUGAGAGGAAGUACUCUGUGUGGAUCGGUGGCUCCAUCUUGGCUUCACUCUCCACCUUCCAGCAGAUGUGGAUCAGCAAGGACGAGUACGACGAGGCCGGACCCUCUAUCGUCCACAGGAAGUGCUUCUAAACAUCCUGUACAUUCUGGCCAAUUCUUCUAGACUCUGUCUCGUGUCUUUCCUCCAUGAUCUUAUUCAGGAAUCCACAAAGUGCUGUUUCAUGUUCAGUGGAAGUUCACAUGUUCAAAAUCCAUGUAGUGCAUUGCUCAAUAAAUGUAUUUUGUGUA